AUGGUGUUGAAAGAUGGGAGGAGUUAUGUCUUCUCAGAUGAUCCUGUCAACACACAAUUUCUCGCUAUCAUGUAUUUUUGCGUAGGAUGUAUCGCCUUAUUUUGCAAUCUUCUCAAUGUUUGUAUUUUCAUUUCCCUUCAACGCCACACCAAGAAAUACAAAUUGUUCAUUGCUUUGGAGAUUGGAGAAAUUGUUAACGGCAUUGCCUACAUUUCGACGGGUGCCGGUCGGUAUGGAACACUUCUCAGUGGUGUCAUUUUUGACUCGAUCACCACUUUUGGAUGUUUCAUUUAUCGACCCUGGUGUGUAUUUCUAUUGAUGGGAACACAAAUCCCAGCAGCUCUCAUCAUGAUAUCCGUUGUCGAGAGGUUAACAGCUGUUUUCCAACCGGCAACUUAUCAAAAAGUCUGGGAUGAUGCUUUCAAGACAAAGGCCAUCCUGGGUGUUUGUUUAUUUGAAUUGAUAUCUCUCUUACUUGCUGCUGGGUCUUCCUACAAUGAAACCUUAGAAAAUUCGACUUCUCAUUGCCCUGCCACUGCUUGUGUUUCUCCAUUGUACGGCAAUUUUCACUUCUUCUUUACGGUUCUUACAUUUUCGAUCAGUUUCAUCUCGUUGGCGAUUGUUUUUAUCAGCAAAAGAAAAAUGAUCUGUUCAAAAGGUGGACAUGGGUAUUUUCUAUCAACAAUGAUGCUAACAGGACUUUGCGUGAUUGUAAUGGGCUUCCCGGCUGUUGCCUCAUUGGCGAACGCAUGGAAUAUUUCCCAAACAGAAGAUGUAUUUUUUGGGGUUUCAGUCUGCAUGCCAGGUCUGAUUUCCCUAGCAACAACCCUCGCCAAUGGCCUCUUCCACAAAGAAUACCGUAAAAAGUUAAUUAAGGUUUACUCAUCAAGAAUUCGAAGAAAAGUUCGAUUAAAUAUGGAUGAGGGCUCAUUUAAAGACAAAGCCACUGCAAUUCCCACGCCGCGGAUCGUCUCGGCGCAAAGAAAGGGAACCACCACAACUUCAGUCUCUCCUUCGACUCAAGUUGGGCCAAUUGGA